AUGUCUAAUGAAAAUUCUAGCGAAGAAAAUACUGUCACUCAUAAACAAGACGAUACGAUUGAUGAUAUACUUAUUGAAUACAAUAGUUCAGUUAGCGAUAAUAAUGUAUUAGAUAAACAUAAUAACCUGGGUAAUAAUAAAGAUAACUUGGUUAAUAACGAAGAUGACCUGGCUAAUGAAUAUAAAGAUAAUCCGGUUAAUGAUGAUGAUGAAAAUCUGGUUUAUGAUAAUAAUAAUGAUCUAUUCGAUGAAAAUAACCAAGAUAAUACA